AUGAUUAUCUUCAGGCAUAGAAAAGGCUGUCUUAUCACUGUUCUACUCUGCCUCACUAUCUUUGUGUUACAUACUGGACACACUGGGCAGCUAUUCUCCAAGUCACUUGUUGAUUUGGCAAAAAUUGCCCUUCGGCUGCUGGGCGGGAAAAUCUUUCAAAGUCAUUGUGCAUGUAUCAAAUGUAUGACUCAGCCGGAUGAUGACCUCUGGUUUCAGAAGCGCUUCAUCAGGUCUUUCAAACCAUUUCUGACCAGAGAGAACAAGAAACUUAAUGAAGAUACCAGAGCAUGGUGGCGGAAAUUGCAGGAUGACCGUAGCACAGCCACCUUCAGAGAGGUGGUGGAGCACUUGUUCCAGGUCAUCCCUGAUGACAACCUCUACAUGGACGCAGGCCCUGAGCGCUGUAGGACCUGUGCUGUGGUGGGGAACUCUGGGAACCUCAAGGGCUCCCACUACGGAGCCCUCAUAGACUCCAAUGAUGUCAUCAUAAGAAUGAACAUGGCUCCUACCUUUAGCUAUGAGGAGGAUGUAGGAAGCCGGACCACACAUCAAGUCAUGUACCCAGAGAGUGCUAUAGAUCUGGACAACACCACCAGGUUCCUGCUGAUCCCUUUCAAGACUCUGGACCUUCAGUGGCUACCCGGCGCCAUCACCAAUGGAUCUAACAUCACUUACUCAUAUUUACCUCUUAGACCAAAGAUAAAGGCCAACAAAGACUUGGUCUUGGUUCUUAAUCCUGCAUUUAUGAAAUAUGUUCAUCAAGUCUGGCUUGACUAUCAAGGCAAAUACCCCUCUACUGGAUUCAUGGCUUUAAUAUUAGCCAUACACAUUUGUGACGAGGUGAAUGUGUAUGGAUUUGGUAAAGACAAAGAUGGCCACUGGCACCACUACUGGGAAGCACUAACCAAUAAAUGGCUCAAAACUGGAAUACAUGAUGGAAACUAUGAGUACAACGUUGUCAUGAAGCUCUCGGAAAAAUUCAAACUACAGAUAUAUUAA